CAAACAAACAAACAAACAAACGAGGCCAGGGAUGCAAGGCAGUACAGGGAGAGAUGAAAAUUUGUGCCGCCUCCAAUUAAAAAGACUUGUUUCUCCUUUGGGUUUCUUUGUACCCACCCACCAGCCUCCUGCCUCCCACCAAAGUCAUCAACUGCGUUCCAUGGCUGGACUCAUCUGAAAUUUCGAAACUGCCCUUAGAUCCAUUGUGCUUUACUUUUUCAAAAAUUUUCUCAACAAAUAAUUUCCCUGAGCUUCGAUCUGAUUUCAACUGAAAAAAAACGAAAAUGGCAACAGCGAAAACGGGACGGUCCACACGACCUACGGCAGCUGCGAUAGAAAACGGCACGAACAUAGAUGAAGGCCUCAACGUUUUCAAAUCCGAAAAGUUCGACGCCGAUGCUUUUGUUCAGUCCAAGUGUUCUCUCAACGACAAGGAAAUAAGGCAAUUAUGUUCCUAUCUGAUGGAUUUGAAGAGAGCCUCUGCUGAGGAAAUGCGUAAAAGUGUGUAUGCUAAUUAUUCCGCUUUUAUCCGCACAUCUAAGGAGAUAUCCGAUUUAGAAGGAGAGCUUUCAUCUAUAAGAAAUCUGCUGUCAACGCAAGCGACAUUAAUUCAUGGUUUGGCUGAGGGGGUUCAUAUAGAUUCAUUGUCUCCCAAAGUUUCUGAAGGUCUGAUUGCUAAUGGCUUGUUAAAUAUUGAAGAUAGAGAACCUUCAGAUCUGGAGAAAUGGUCAGCUGAAUUCCCUGAUCUCCUGGAUGUUUUAUUAGCCGAGAAAAGAGUAGAUGAAGCUCUGGCAGCCCUUGAUGAAGGAGAUCGUGCAGUUGCUGAAGUGAAGGAAACAAAUUCAUUGAGUCCUGCGGUACUUACAUCUCUACGAACUGCUAUUAUAGAACGCAAGCAGAAGUUGGCUGACCAGCUUGCUGAAGCUGCUUGUCAACCUUCUACACAUGGUGCUGAACUUCGUGCAGCAAUAUUGGCUCUUAAAAAGCUUGGUGAUGGACCACGUGCUCAUACUUUGCUCCUUAAUGCACAUUUCCAAAGAUAUCAAUAUAACAUGCUUAGCCUUCGCCCAUCAAGCACCUCAUAUGGAGGAGCGUAUACUGCUGCCCUCUCACAGUUGGUGUUCUCUGCUAUUGCUCAAGCUGCUAGCGAUUCCUUGGGUAUUUUUGGUAAGGAACAUGCUUAUUCUUCGGAGCUUGUAAUGUGGGCUACGAAGCAAACAGAGGCUUUUGCCCUUCUUGUUAAAAGACAUGCAUUGGCUUCUUCAGCAGCUGCUGGUGGUCUAAGGGCCGCCGCAGAGUGUGUUCAGAUAGCUUUAGGUCAUUGCUCAUUGUUGGAAGCUCGUGGCUUGGCACUUUGUCCUGUGCUUUUGAAACUCUUUAGGCCUAGUGUUGAGCAGGCACUUAAUGCUAAUCUGAAAAGAAUUGAAGAAAGCACUGCAGCUUUGGCUGCUGCUGAUGAUUGGGUGCUAACAUAUCCCCCGGCUGGUACUCGUCAAUCUGUUUGGCCCUCUAGUGCAUCCCUUGGUAACACAAUGGCAUUUCAUCAUAAAUUAACAUGUAGUGCUCAUCGAUUCAAUUCAAUGGUCCAGGACUUCUUUGAGGAUGUUGGACCACUAUUAAGCAUGCAGUUGGGGGGGCAAACACUGGAAGGUUUGUUUCAGGUGUUUAACUCGUAUGUAAACAUGCUCAUAAAAGCAUUACCUGGUUCGAUGGAUGAAGAAGCAAACUUUGAGGCCACUGGAAAUAAAAUUGUGCGAAUGGCUGAGACUGAGGCCCAACAAAUUGCAUUGCUAGCAAAUGCAUCAUUGUUAGCAGAUGAACUUCUUCCACGUGCGGCCAUGAAGUUGUCCCCAAGUCAGGCUAGUUACAAGGAUGAUCACCGUAGAAGAACUUCAGAUAGGCAAAAUCGUCAUCCUGAACAACGAGAAUGGAAGAGGCGCCUUGUGAAUUCAGUUGAGAGGCUAAAGAAUACAUUUUGUCAACAACAUGCCCUAGAUCUCAUCUUCACAGAAGAAGGUGAUAGCCAUCUUACUGCUGAAAUGUACAUUAAUAUGGAUGGUACUGCAGAUGAGGUAGAAUGGUUUCCAUCUCUAAUAUUUCAGGAACUCUUUGCAAAACUAAACAGGAUGGCUAGCCUAGCGGCAGAUAUGUUUGUAGGAAGGGAAAGAUUUGCUACGUUGCUAUUGAUGCGACUUACAGAAACUGUCAUCAUAUGGCUUUCGGAAGAUCAAAGCUUUUGGGAUGAUAUUGAGGAAGGACCAAGGCCUUUAGGUCCACUUGGAUUACAACAGCUUUAUCUAGAUAUAAAAUUUGUCAUAUGCUUUGCUUCCCAAGGUCGGUACCUAUCAAGGAAUUUGCAUAGAGUUGUCAAUGAAAUAAUUGCUAAAGCCAUGGCUGCAUUUGCUUCCACAGGGAUGGAUCCUUAUAGCGUGCUGCCUGAUGAUGACUGGUUCAAUGACAUUUGUCAAGAUGCAAUAGAAAGAUGGAGUGGAAAACCGAAAGCUGAUCGAGAUCUAAACAGCCCCACUGCCUCUGUCUCAGCACAAUCAAUUUCAUCUGUCAGAUCACAUGGGAGUUCCUAGGCAUUUGUUUCACCUUGUAUAUUUGAUAGCUAACCGAGCUGGUAAUGGAUCUCUGGGCAGAUUUCUGUAUUCAUAGUAAGGCAUUUUUUUCACACUUUUUUUUACCUUUUUUUUUUAAAAUCUUCUGUUGAAUGUAGACAGUACACUAAAUUUCUGCAGGUUGAUGCCUGCAUGGACAUAAAGUUGGAAUUCCCUUUCUCUUUAGUUUUUACAAGGGUUAUUUUGGGCUGAGCGAAACAUGAUUGUGUAAAUGUUGAUUGCUUGAUUUUUUUAAGGAAACCAAUGAAUGUAUAGUUCUUUGAUAAUAUGUUGAAAUCCUGUAUUCAUUUAAUUAUAAGUAUUGGAAAUAAAAUCGCAUGAAACAGAAUCAAUCAAUUAGUUCAACCAUUUGAUACUUUUGCAGAUUGAGUGUCAAUCAUGUAAUAGUUGUCUUGAACAGUGGCUGCAUUCUCUGAUGUACUUUGGAGAAAUUUAUUAAGCAUCAAACUUAUGUCUUGAUCGCUGUGGUAGCUCUGGCACAGCAUUAUGCAACCAUAUUUUAUUGUAGACAAAAAAAUUCUUAGAAAAGAGGUGAAUUUUUACGUUCGUUUGGUGAAAGAAAAAUAAAAUCAGGUGAU